CAAGGUAGUGACUCACGAUCAAAAGAAAUUAAAACAAAAUUUAUAUGAAAAUUUGUAACUUCGCUGCCAGAAGUGAAAGAUUUUUAUUCGACGAUAAUAAUUAUUCCUUUCGGGAAAAAAUUUGCACAUAAAUUAGGAGUAUAAUAUACUAUAUAUUGUUUGGGUUUGACCGAACGCAUACAGUUUAUAUAUUACUAAUGCCAGUCAAGGUAUUGCAAAAGAUGUCGUCGAACGAAGAAGUUGGCCCAGUAAAUGGUGAACAAAAUCCUAUUAUUACUGUUAGUUCGUCUGAGGAAAAUGAAAUGAACGAAGAUGUGCGUGAUGCUUUGCAAGUACCACAAGCAACCAGAGAGUUGACACAGACAGACCGGAUAAACAAGCAUUUGUUGAAAUCAUUUCUUGAUCGGAUAAAUGCUACAGGCCAAAUAAUGGAGCAUUUUUCAACACAAACGCCACAUACACCGUUUUCUGGAAACGAAAUUGACGAUUUCGAAGAACAAUUGUUUAUUGGCACACAAAUUAUGUAGUUUCACAUAAAAUUAUUUAGAUUUAAGUUUGUUUCCGGUGAUGUAUAAAUAAUCUCCCUUUCAUAUGUAUGGACUUUUGAUAAAUAAAUUUUCACAUGUGGUUUAUUAUCUUA